ACACUUGCGAUAUCUCGCUGCCAAUGCUACUAGGUUUCUUGCCGUCAUUAACGCAUCUUUCAGUGAUGUUUGAUGGCCGCACUAACUUAUCAGACGCUACUCUUGAACAAGUUGAUGGCAGAAGCAGACACAAAAGGCCACCGAUACACAACAUUAUCUUCUUAAGACUGGACGGUGUUCUCAGUUUUAAAUACCGGAUCCGUCCCUUAUUGCAGCGUUGCUCCCACAUCAAGUACUUGAUAUUAUCGCCUUACUCACGAUUCAACAACGUAUCUCCAAUCAACAUCUAUACAGCUUAUGAGCUGUGCCCUCUAUUACGCUACAUUAUGUGGGAAUGCAGCGAACCAGUCAUAGCAGACAGAUGGAUUUCACUAUCAAGAAGCACGAGUGCUUAUAUUAAGUAACUGAAAGGAAAGCAUCGAAUGAUGGCGAGGAAGGCAGUAUGGCUUAUGAACUGCUAUUCAACGGCAAGGGACACGAGAGGAUCAUGCCGAUAGUAGUAAAAUCGCAGCCGAUACUAGAACAUUUACGUAUAGUCGCCUGUGGUCUUUCUGAUAUUCAUUGCUGGGAUGUCUUGGCACGCAACCAAUUCACACAGCUGACAAGUUUGGGGUUGACGGACAUCACUGGUAUGUCAAGCGAAGAUUGGUCCCAGAUUUUGCUCAUGCAGCAACAAAAUGAGAUCUUGGAAGUUGGAAAUCGCGCUGGAAUAACGCAGUAUCUGAACAGCAUUAUCGCAACCAUCGGUACGCUGCAACGGCUCCGUAUACUUUCCUUGCGAAAUUUCCUUCACAUGUUCAGCGAGAAUAGCGAGAAUCCUCUUUGCGAUCUUACUCCGCUUCGACGUUUGCAACAGCUUGAAAAAAUGCGUCUCACGAACAUACCCAUCGACAACCAAGGUCUAAUGCAGUUGUGCGAACCAUCACAGCACCCACUAGUCAGGAGAUUAAGCUUGAACCCGCACAUCACCGUACAGUAAUAGUGUCGACGACUUUCUCACAGAGGCAGGAUGGAUUGUGUGGGCACAACGACUUGAGGAAACCAAAAUACUGAAUCUGGAACUGACAGCCGUGAAAGGUGUUACUGGUGCUGUCCUUGAGCAUUUUAAACAAGUCGAAAGCUCGGUGCUAUAGCGUGUUUCACGGAUCUAUAGUCUCACCAAUGCAGGCAUCAAUGCUUUUCGUAUCAUUGAAGGAUCUAGUAAAAAGAUUGAAGUCGUGGGGUGUUCAGGAUUAUCUCGGACAGAUGAUCUUCGUAUGCCAUACAACAUAUAUUUAAUAAUUGAGUACCAUUGCGGUGAUAUUUGCAGUCUGGCUUGUACUUUUAUUUAUGAUGAG